ACGUGCUGGCAGUUCCCCGGUGUUGCACGGAGGGCGAAUAACUUCACUGGUGCCAUGUUGGUGUUGUAUGUACUUGCACGGCACCCAUCACAGGGCUACAACUAUUCUGCUGCACUACUGGAGGAGGCUGAUGAGUGGCAUGAUAUCAUUACACUGCCGAUGAAUGAGGGUCGUCCGAAUACAACAAAGUUGGAGUACAGCAGCAUUGAUUGGGGUGUAGAGGUUCAGAUUGGUAUGAGUCGAAAAACAUUUCUUUGGUUUGAACUGGCACUACGUCUUUUUCCAAGAGUGAAUUAUAUUACAAAGGCUGAUGAUGACAUCUUCUUGCGUGUGCCGCAGUUUUUGUCUGAUCUGCUCAGACUUCCACAACAGAGAAUAUAUUGGGGACUCAGCAUCCUUGCUUUUCUACGUCGAGGUAAUGUAACUGUGAGGUUUCGUUUUGCGGGUGGAAUGUGCUAUACUCUCUCAAGGGAUACAGCAGAAUGGUUAGUCUCUUACGAGCCAUUGAAGCGUUUAGUACAUCUCCCAUACACCAAGGAGCGGGAGAAGGAUUUUCUUUCGCUUGGUAUGAAUGGGGAGGACUACAUGGUGGGCCGCAUACUGCGAGUUGAGUCUCCAUACACACCACUGGUAUUUGUGGCUGAGAUGCCGUGUCGGUUCCAUAAUUUGUAUAAUGAAAGUUUGCAGUUCAGCGUAAACCCAAAGUCUGUUGUUAUUCACCAUUUGGAAGAGAAUGACUAUGCGAUGCUAAUGGAUAGGUUUGGGAAUGGUACGACGUACAGUCCCAGAAUGCGAUUUUGGAAAAAGCAUAAAUACAUGAAAUUCCGCUGUUAA